CCCUCGCCCCACUCGCCGUCCGUCCGGAGCGCUGGAAGCCACCCGGGGAAAGGUCGGCGGCGACGGCCCCGCUCCUCCCGCGGUCUCGGCGGGGCCCGGCGGGCUGCCGCACCCCCGCGACGGCGGCAGGCCCCGCCCGCGUAAACAUCGCCGCCCGGAAAAUAAUAGUGCGCAACGGGGGAGCGCCGCGCCCCGGCCCCGCGCCGCCCCCCGGCGCCGCCGCCUCCCUCUCCCCCCCCUUCGCCGGCGGGCGGCGCGGAGCCCGGGCCGGGCCGGACCCACCUGCGGGCGCGGCGCUCGGCGGGGCCGGGGGCGGCAUGACGCAGCACGGGCUGGCGGCGUGAGGGCCGCCAUCUUGGGACCCGGGCCGGGCUCCGGCAACCGGCCAUGGCCUCGAAGCUGCUGCGGGCGGUGGUGCUGGGACCCCCCGGCUCGGGUAAGGGGACGGUGUGCGAGAGGAUCGCCCGCAGCUUCGGGCUCCAGCACCUCUCCAGCGGCCAAUUCCUGCGAGAGAGCCUCGGCGGCGGCGGCGAAGUUGGCGUCUUGGCAAAGCAGUACCUUGAGCGAGGCCUUCUGGUGCCGGACCACGUCAUCACGCGCGUGAUGAUGACGGAGCUGGAGAAGCGUCGAGAGCAGCAUUGGCUGCUCGAUGGUUUCCCUCGGACGUUGGGGCAAGCCGAGGCGCUGGACAGGAUCUGCGAGCUGGACCUGGUGAUCAGCUUGAACAUACCCUUCGAGACGCUGAAGGAUCGCCUGAGCGCCCGCUGGGUCCACCCGGCCAGCGGGAGGGUGUACAACAUGGACUUCAACCCCCCCCACGUCCACGGCGUCGAUGACCUGACGGGCGAGCCGCUGGUCCAGCGCGAGGACGACAAACCUGAGGCCGUUGCUGCCAGGCUGAGAAAAUACAAAGAUGCUGCAAAGCCAGUAAUAGAGUUGUACAAGAGCAGGGGCAUCCUUCACUCCUUCUCGGGGACAGAGACCAACAAGAUCUGGCCGUACGUGUACACCCUGCUUUCCAGCAAGAUCCCACCCGUUCUCUCGGACGAGGAGAACUAAACAGCUUGUGCCAAGGACCAAGAGUUAACGCCGUCACGGAUUUGGUUUCUCUGCGCGGUGCUGGGGCUGCGCUCGGAUUAGGCGAUCGUGCGGUAUCUAAAGUCCCUUCCCUGGGUGUACUGGGUGACAUUGUUGGAUACACAGUUAUAGCCAGUAUCAGGGCGAAAAGAUCUUUGCUUAUGAGGUCAAGUCUGCUAGAAUAAGGGGUUUUUUUUUCUCUUCUGAGGCUAUAAAGUAUUCCUGCCUGCGGUCCAAGUACACGCACAGGGUAAUGAUCAUACCAGGUUUACGCAGCUUGCCGUCGUGUCCUUGCCACCCCCUCACAAACCCCGGUCUCUGUUUGAACCUACAAUGUGCCAUCCCGUUGCUCCACAGUACCAUUUACUGCAGAUUACUCUCUAGGUUGGGGGGUUUUUAUCUAUAAAUUAUUUUCUAUUAAAUUUAUUUCUCAGAGAAAUAAAGCUCUAAAAAGCAAGACCUGGCCAAGUGGGAAUUGGUGAGCGGCAUGGAAAAUGCGUACACUGCGAAGCUCAGAAAUGUGAAGAUCUCAUUUCCGGCAUUUAAUACACAUAAAAGAGGGAAAAGUUUGGAGGUAAAACACGCUCUUGUGCAUCUUCCAUGGAGAGAGAUGAACCCCCAGUUAUAAAAAGCUGCUGUACAGUCUAGUUUUUGUGAGCUGCUGUGACACUGAGCAGGAUCUGUGCUGGGGAUGAGUUGCACUCCUUUGUGCUUACCUUGUUUAUAGCUUUUAAUACUACGAGAUACAGUCAUGUUCUAAGAGCUUCUCCCAAAGAUUUAUUUUAAUGCGUGCUUCAGUUUUGGGGAGAAAUCAAGUCAUUCCAUCUUCUGUGCUGCCUUUGUCCCCGAGGUCCCCUGGAGAUGGGGGGUGUUCCCUGAGCGGUUCCCGCUGCGGCUGCAGCAUCCCUGGCAGAAGCGGCUCCCUCCCCACGAAACCCCCGGAGGGAUGAGAGCCUCCCCUUACUCGGGACGCGUGCAGGGGCUGCCGAGGGCCGUGCCCAGGCAUCUCCCCAAGAUUUACAGCAUCACCUGAGCGUGUCGCUCCUCUUCUUGUGCGCAGGAGCUUUGCGGCCGGGUGGAGUGGUUUUUCUCAACUGGAAGUACUGUAGCCCGCUUUAGUGGUAGGAUGCAGUACCUAAGCAAUGGGGAUGUUUUUGUCUCCUUGAGUUGCCUUAUUUUAUAGACUACAUAUUUAAGAAAAAAAGCAAGAUGUGUAUUUUUAAAGGUUUUAAAAAAAAAAAAAAAGGCGCUGAAUUUUAGCAUCGAGUUUUGGGAACUCUGCACGAAGCUCUCGCUUUCGCAGAGCGUGCUGCAGUCUGCCAUGGGUGGCUCAGCAGGAGGGCAGAAAACCUGUCGCUCCCCGACACCCGUUUGAUUAAUUACAGCAGCCUGGGCAAAUUUCUGUGCCGAAAUGUCACUGGUUUUAUUUUUUCUUGGAGAGUGGCCCUGUGGCAGGGGAGGGGGAGCCGACUGGCUUUUCUAGGGGUGCCCGGGCUCCGUGUGCGAAACUUCAGGGCAUCCCCGGGAGUCUUUUAUCCCUGCUGAGCCACCCGUGUCCUCAUGCUGUCAGAGGAGCCGCUGGUGUUUGCUCUCUCCGUCAGCGGCAGCUCUGCCCCGGCGCUCUCCUGAUAAGGGAGCCAGAAGCCGUCGGGCAUCUGCCGAGCGAGAUCUCUGCCCGCGUGCUGCCUGCUCGUCGCCUGCCUGCGGGUGAAAGCGAUGAUGCACCGGGGAGGGCUGCGCAUCCCGCUCUGCAUGGGAAUUUCCCGAGUGGGAGUGGAGGGACCGUGGGGUUUCGCUGCUGUCCCUGAGGCCCUUUCCGUCCCCCCGGAGCUCCCGGGCUGGGAGGACGCAAAUCUUCCACCCUGCAAUGAAAUCCUAUUUAAGAAAGAUUUUAGAUUUUCCCAUGACCCUCAGAUGAAGGUCUGGGCUGUUUUUAACCACAAAUCUAGAAACAGCAAAAAUUUGCGUGCUCUUUUCUUUCUAACAGUGUUGGGCAGGAGGGGAGGAGAUGAUGGGGGGGGUGUUUAGGCUAUAAAAGCAGCCUGGCCGCGGCGGGCGGCUCUGCCGGGGCUGAGUGCCGGGCAGGGGGGCUGCUCCCUGCUUUCCCUUGCCUGACUCUUGUGUCUCAUCCUCUGCUGCUGCAAAAUGCCUCCUGCAGAGCGGCUGUCCCCGGCAUCGCCCAGCGGCAGGACAGGGCUUGCAGAUGUCUUUGCCCCCCAGCGCUUGUUUUAAAGGCUUUGAGCCCUGUAGUAGAUGUAGAAGUCCCACGACUGUGCAUGCGUCGAGCCCUUGAGAUGGAUUUUUCUACAGUUGUUGUCGUAUGGUGCAUUUUCAUAGACCAAAUACCGGCAGGGAUGAGGUCCUGGAGCGACACGUGUCCCUCGCCUUUCCUCCCUGCCGCGCUCCCCUUUGGUACUUUACUGUGAAUCUCACGCCUUUUCUAAAGUGACAGCAAUUUUGUACCGACCCAAGAUACUGUGUGGUGGGAGGAGGGUCUUCCCGCGCGCGGGGCACCGCUAGCAUGUCACGCCGAGUUUUCUUCCUGGAGUUUCUUCCCGGUGAAUCGCCGCAGCUGUGUUACUGCUCGAAAGAUGUAAAUAAAUUUUUUUUUUCUCCUGC